GUAUAUAAACAGGGAGAUGUUCUGUACAUGUUACCAGUCUUUCUGAUCCCGUCUAACCCACUGUUUUUGAAAAUGAAAUUCUUGAUUGUUGCAGCAACCCUUUUGGUGGCGAGCGCUUCGGCCAGCGUCCUGAGGGCCAAAGGCCUCAGUGACUGCGGCGCUGGUGGUUCGCCUAUUUCUUUCGAGGGCCAACUUCUUACCCAAACGGCUCCCGUUGUCGGCAGGAUGUUCAUGGAUUUGACCACUACCACCUUAGUUGAUGCCACAGCUGAAGCCAACUUGCAAGUCCGCAAAGUCACCACCCGAAUUGCCGACAACUAUGAAGUUCCAUGCCUGAACGGCAUUUCUGGAACCUGCACUGUUGAGUUCUGCACGGCCCUUACCACUUACCCAGAUGCCGUCUGCACCCUUUUCCCUGCUGACGUGCCCUGCUCCUGCCCUCUUGCUGCCGCUGUCUACGCCAAUCCAUCCGCUUACGUCACUUUCACCUCCGAAUGGCUCGGCAUUGAAGGAGGAGUUAACGGUGACUACAUCACCCGCACUGAAAUCGUUUCCAACCUCGGAACUCCCGAGGAAACCAUCUUGGGCUGCCUCCUUUUGGAGUACGCUUUGGUGGCCGUUUAAGCGCAAGCAGACCUACCGUUCAUCUUACAAACUGUUCGUGAAAUAUCGGUGAAUUUAGUGUGCCUUGGAAAAAUCUUAAUGACGAAAUAAAUCAAUAAAGCAAA